UGCCACGCGCUCGCAGUUACUGCUGGAUCAGAGAGCGGCGCUGCACCCGGCAUUCGCGCUCUUCUGCUGACAGCACGCACUUCAUGUAACUAUUGCAAACUGGCUUUUAAGUUAGAUGUAAGACUAGUAAUCUAAUAUACUUUGGCCAGUAUAAGAAAGACACUCACGUUUCACGAUCCACGAUUCAGUCAGUGAAAUUCUUUAGCAUCGUGAACACUGAACGCUCUGGCACAAACGAGUAUGGACAGUUUGAGACUGUGCUGGGAAAAGAUGCUAAACAUCAAGAAGUUGUGGAUAUAAACGGACAGAAGAACAGAGCUCAUUCUAAAUAUCCUAUGGCUUGAAGUUUCAGGCUUCUUCCCUGGCCACAGCUCAUGGAUUUCCUCACGGAGUAUCCCUACAAUGACACUUAUUAUGACAACGGGACCGGGGUUCUCAACAGCACAAGUUGUGAGGCCAAGCAUCAGUAUAACUACUAUGCCAUGCUCCUGACUCUCCUCAUCUUUGUCAUUGUCUUUGGCAAUGUGUUGGUGUGUAUAGCAGUCUCCCGAGAGAAAGCGCUGCAGACGACCACUAAUUACCUCAUUGUCAGCCUGGCGGUGGCAGAUCUUCUUGUGGCCACAUUAGUUAUGCCCUGGGUGGUGUACCUUGAGGUGGUGGGGGAGUGGCGUUUCAGUAAAAUCCAUUGUGACGUGUUCGUCACCCUGGACGUCAUGAUGUGUACAGCCAGCAUUCUUAAUCUGUGUGCCAUUAGUAUUGACAGGUACACGGCUGUUGCUAUGCCGAUGUUGUACAACACACGCUACAGCUCCAAGAGACGAGUCACGGUAAUGAUCUCGGUGGUUUGGGUGCUUUCAUUCGCUAUUUCCUGCCCCUUGUUGUUUGGAUUAAAUAACACAGCUACACGGGACGAUGCCAUAUGUGAAAUCGCCAACCCCGCUUUUGUUGUCUACUCCUCCAUCAUGUCAUUCUACGUGCCCUUCAUCAUCACCCUUCUCGUGUAUGUGCAGAUCUAUGUGGUUCUUCGUAAGCGUCGAAAACGGGUCAACACUAAACGGAGCUGCCAGAAGACAGACGCUGAUGCUCAGCCCCCUCACAAGGAAAAGUGCACAAAUCCUGAAGAUGUGAAACUGUGCACAGUUAUCAUUAAGACCAACGGAGGUUUACCUGCCAAAAACAAGAAAGCACAAUUAAUAAAGGAAGUCCUGCACCAGGGUGGUGAUGUGAGGGUGGACAUUACGCCAGGCACAAGACCUCCAGAGAAAAAGAAACUGGCAUCCACUCUGGUUGUCGACUUGCUGGCCAACCCAAGCCCCAUCCAUGGCUCUCCCUCCCAUGGAGAAUGUCAGUCAAAUGGAGAUGAUAAAAAUGGGCAUGCCAAGGAGGUCCAGACCCCUAAAGAAGCCAAACCUGUUGAAACUCAGGCACUGCCGAAUGGCAAAACCCGAACUACAGUGACCAAAACCAUGAGCAAGAGAAAGAUGUACCAGCAUAAAGAAAAGAAGGCUACUCAAAUGCUGGCUAUUGUUCUAGGUGUUUUCAUUAUUUGCUGGCUGCCCUUUUUUAUUACUCACAUUUUGAAAACUCACUGUACAAGCUGCGUGGUGCCACUGGAAAUGUACAAUGCCUUCACUUGGCUGGGAUAUGUGAACAGUGCCGUCAACCCCAUCAUAUAUACCACUUUCAAUGUGGAGUUCAGAAAGGCUUUCAUAAAGAUAUUGCACUGCUGAGGACAUUAUUCACUACAUGCAUAGAGGAGGAGAGAUGGAGGAUUUCACAAGAGGUUAGUGCCAUCUUUCACCGCAAUGUGAAAUGAGGGAUAUACAAAGCCAUGCUUUUAGGGCAGAGCAGACAAACUCAUUACAGAAAAUUGAGGUUCAAAUGAAUGUACAAUAGAGUUUUAUUUGUGUGUCUCCAUUAUUUCUGGCAGUGGAGUGCACGUGCGAACGUGUUUAUUAAUUGUAAAAUUUGAGAUGAUCGGUAAUUGGAUCUUACCACAGAGACUUUUAUGCAAGCAGGGACCUGAAUGUCGUAAUUACAUCGUUAUAUCAAUUUAGUGGUGAGCAACUGGUUACAAAAUGCUUACAUCUCUGUUUGAAGUAUUUAUUUAAUCAACAAUCUAUUUAUUUGUUUGAAAACUUGUUAAUAAAGAGUUAGCUAUUGUAAAGACAAAUACAUAAGGUGAAAAUGCCAUUUACGGUUUUAUAAAGCCACAACACAAAGAUACUAGAGGUGUACUCAGUAAUGUUUUGUUUAUGCUGCACUGGUCAUUUUAAACAUACACUGACACCCGGGAGCCUGGAUAGCAGAAUUAUGCAAUUUAAAAGAACAGUUCAUCCAAAAAUUAACAUUUGCUGAAAAUUUACUCACACUCAGGCUAUCCAAGAUGUAUUUGAAUUUGUUUCUUUAUUGGAAUAGAUUUGGGGAAGUGUAUUAGCAUUAAAUCACUAGCUCAUCAAUGGAUCCUCUGCCGUGAAUGGGUGCCAUCGGAAUGAGAGUAUAAAAAGCUUACAAAAACUUCAUGAUAAUCCAAAGCACUAAUCCAGUUCAUCAAUUAAUGUCUUGUGAAGUGAAAGGCAUUUACAAAAGGCCAAAAUACAAUAAUCUAUGAUAAUACUUUGUUCAGUUAAAAAGUCUAUCCCCUGUUGUCCUCUUAUAUCAAAAUCCACUGCCUGUUUUGGACUGUUUUUGCUUGAUUUGUGCAUAUUUCUCUCCUGAUUUUUUUUUUAUAACUUUUAUAACUUUUUCACUGGAGAAAGCUACAGUUUUAUGCAAAAAUUUGGGCAAAUUAUCAUAAUUUCAAUUUAUAAUCUGGUAGGCUUUCAAAGCUGCAACUUCAUUUGUAUAUAAUUCAUACCUUAUGGAUACAUUAACAUUUCAAUUCUGAAAUAACAUUUAUUGAAUCAACAGAAAUGAUGCAAUGUUGAAUCACAACAAAAACAGACAGGUGCAAAAAUUUGGGCACCCAAAUGGAAUAAUCACAUCAGUAUUUAGUAGAGCCACCUUUUGCUGAAAUAACAGCCUGUGGAUGCUUCUUAUUGCCACUAAUAAGUCCCUGAAUUCUGACUGCAGGUAUUCUGACUAUUCUUCCUUGCAAAAUGUCUGCCGGUUUGAUGGCUGCCGAGUGUGGACAACCUGCUUUAAGUCAAUCCAUAGAUGUUUGAUGAUAUUCAAGUCUGGGGACUGUGAUGGCCAUUCUAGAACAUUGUAUCUGGUCCUGUGCAUGAAUUCCUUGGUAGAUUUGGAGCAAUGCUUUAGGUCAUUGUCCUGCUGAAACAACCAACCCCAGCGUAACAUCAACCUCUUGACUGAUUCUUGAACAUUGAACGUUCUUAAGAAUCUGCUGAUACUGGGUGGAAUCCAUGCAACUCUCAACUCUGAUAAGGUUUCUAGUACCUGUGCCUGCCACAAAGGUUGGCCAGAUGAGCCUUUGCAUACCUUAAACAACUCUGCUUGUUGGCAGUACACAGAAAAGGCUUUUAUUGUGUCACCCUUCCAUUGAGCUGUUUCUUGUGCAAAGUCCGCUGGAUUGUGGAAUGAUGUACAAUGACAUCAUCAGCUGCGAGGUGUUCUUGGAACUGGAACUGGUCUGUGGUUUGUCUGUGACCAUUCUAACCAUUCUUCGCUGUUGCCUUUUAGAUAUUUUUUUCAGCCAACCACAUCUUUCUUUGACGAGGACUGUUCCUGUGGCCUUUCAUUUUCUAACUAUAUUUCUGACUGCGGAGAAAGAGAUCUUAAACUUUUGUGAAAAUUUUUGUAUCCUUCUCCUAAUUCAUAUUGACAAAUUAUCCUAGUUUUUAGUUCAUUAUGGAGUUCUUUUGAGUUUCCCAUGUUGCUACAUUCCAGUAGAGAAUCAAGGAGAAGCACAACUAGCAAUUAGCUAUCUUAAAUAUCAUUUCCCACAAUGGGUUGCACCUUAGUUUGCAGAGCCAAUCAAAUCAAUAUUGUGUUGUAAUUAAUCAGCAAUAAGAGACUACAGGUAUUAAAAUCAACACAAUUUUGCAUAGCCUAUUUUUCACAAUUGACUUUAUUCCAUACAACACAGUACUGCUACACUAAGAAUUUCUGUCUGAAAAACAUCGCAUUAUGCAGCGUUCUCUAGAAGCUAAAUGGCAUAUCACUAUAAUAUUUUCUUAUAAAGAAAGAGCUAAUUAUUAUGCAGCCUCAGAGGGGUGCCCAAACUUUUGAAUAAAACUGUAUAUCAUGGAUAGAGAACUCAUAUUUUAGCCAGAAGCAAUGGUUUAAAGUUAUAACAUCUUAAUUAUGUUUUUUUGUUUGUUUGUUUUUAUCAGUAAGAAUGGUCAUGCACCCAGUCACUGCACAGGAUCCAAUGGUGAGCAAGUGAUUUAUUAAAAUCUGUUGUGAUGCAGUAACUCAUCCACCAUUUGGAUGGCAUGUGUACUGUCCUCCCUUCAUGUUUAACCUUUCUGAAGUUUGACAGCAAGUUAAACUCCAUCCAUUAUAAAGCUCAGAAGUGCAAGUUUCAAGUCCAACAUUUAUUACAGCUUGGAUGAACUCUACAAUGGGCCAGAGUGAAACUAAAGGAAAAAUCACAAUCUCCAAUUAGUCUCAUAACCAAAACAUGUUUAAACAAUACAAAUUACAAUACACAGGUUACAAGAAUGUUGUCAAUCCCACACACAUUUGCAUAUCAAGCUACUUUCUAUACAUUUCCAAGAACAUUUAAGAUCUGCACUGAAAAAGCUGCAGACAACAUGCCAUGUAUACAAAUGACAACAUCUUAUCUAUUUUACACAUUAAUUUCAAAUAUAUAUAUAUAUAUAU